AUGAGUUCGAGUUCAGAUGCGGAGAUGGCUGUUUAUGGUGAGGCUGCUCCCUAUCUUCGAAAAUCGGAGAAGGAGCGAAUUGAGGCUCAAAACAAGCCAUUUGAUGCAAAAACAUCAGUGUUUGUGGCAGAGCCCAAGGAAUCAUAUGUGAAAAGCACAAUACAAAGCAGGGAAGGAGGAAAAGUAACUGUAAAGACUGAAGGUGGAGCUACUCUAAUUGUCAGGGAAGACCAAGUCUUCCCCAUGAACCCUCCAAAAUAUGACAAGAUUGAGGACAUGGCCAUGAUGACUCACUUACACGAACCUGGAGUGCUGUACAACCUUAAAGAGCGUUAUGCAGCCUGGAUGAUCUAUACCUAUUCAGGCCUCUUCUGUGUCACCGUCAACCCUUACAAGUGGCUGCCUGUAUAUAACCCUGAGGUGGUGUCUGCCUACAGAGGCAAAAAGCGGCAGGAGGCCCCACCCCACAUCUUCUCCAUCUCUGACAAUGCCUAUCAGUUCAUGCUGACUGAUCGUGAGAACCAGUCCAUCUUGAUCACUGGAGAAUCUGGUGCAGGAAAGACUGUGAACACCAAGCGUGUCAUCCAGUACUUUGCAACAAUUGCAGUAACUGGGGAGAAGAAGAAAGAGGAAGCUACUUCUGGCAAAAUGCAGGGGACUCUGGAAGAUCAAAUCAUCAGUGCCAACCCUCUACUGGAGGCUUUUGGCAAUGCGAAGACUGUGAGGAACGAUAACUCUUCUCGCUUUGGAAAAUUCAUUAGAAUCCACUUCGGUACUACAGGAAAGCUGGCUUCUGCAGAUAUCGAAACAUAUCUUCUAGAAAAAUCUAGAGUUACUUUCCAGCUAAAGGCUGAAAGAAGCUACCAUAUUUUUUAUCAGAUUACUUCUAAUAAAAAACCAGAUCUGAUCGAGUUGCUCCUGAUCACUACCAACCCUUAUGACUAUGCUUUUGUCAGCCAAGGGGAGAUUACAGUCCCCAGCAUUGAUGACCAAGAAGAGUUAAUGGCUACCGAUAGUGCUAUUGAUAUCUUGGGCUUUUCUCCAGAAGAAAAAAUAUCUAUCUAUAAGCUCACAGGAGCUGUUAUGCACUAUGGAAAUAUGAAAUUCAAGCAAAAGCAGCGUGAGGAGCAAGCUGAGCCAGACGGCACUGAAGUUGCUGACAAGGCAGCGUAUCUCCAAUGCCUAAAUUCUGCUGACCUUCUCAAAGCCUUGUGCUAUCCCAGAGUCAAGGUCGGCAAUGAAUAUGUCACCAAAGGUCAGACUGUGCAACAAGUAUACAAUGCAGUAGGUGCUCUGGCUAAAGCUGUCUAUGAAAAGAUGUUUCUAUGGAUGGUUACCCGCAUUAACCAGCAAUUGGACACCAAGCAACCCAGGCAGUACUUUAUUGGAGUCCUGGAUAUAGCAGGAUUUGAAAUCUUUGAUUUCAACAGCCUGGAGCAGUUGUGCAUCAAUUUCACCAACGAGAAACUGCAACAGUUUUUCAAUCACCACAUGUUUGUGCUAGAACAGGAAGAGUACAAAAAGGAAGGCAUUGAAUGGGAGUUCAUUGACUUUGGGAUGGACCUGGCUGCCUGCAUUGAGCUCAUUGAGAAGCCACUGGGCAUUUUCUCUAUCUUGGAAGAGGAGUGCAUGUUCCCCAAGGCCACAGACACCUCCUUCAAGAACAAGCUGUAUGACCAGCACUUGGGCAAAUCCAACAACUUCCAGAAGCCUAAGCCUGCCAAAGGCAAAGCUGAGGCCCACUUCUCCCUGGUACAUUAUGCUGGCACUGUGGACUACAACAUUGCAGGCUGGCUUGAUAAGAAUAAGGACCCACUCAAUGAUACAGUGGUGGGAUUGUAUCAGAAGUCUGCAAUGAAAACACUGGCUAGUCUCUUUUCCACUUACGCUAGUGCUGAAGCAGGUACCUUAGAUGGUGCAAAGAAAGGUGCUAAGAAGAAAGGAUCUUCUUUUCAAACUGUAUCAGCACUUUUCAGGGAAAAUCUAAAUAAACUCAUGACCAAUCUGAGAAGCACACAUCCUCAUUUUGUAAGGUGCAUCAUUCCCAAUGAGACAAAGACACCUGGGGCAAUGGAGCAUGAACUUGUCCUGCACCAGCUGAGAUGUAAUGGUGUGCUGGAAGGCAUUCGUAUUUGUAGGAAAGGAUUCCCAAGCAGAAUUUUAUAUGGGGAUUUUAAACAAAGAUACAAAGUUUUAAAUGCAAGUGCUAUUCCAGAGGGACAGUUUAUAGAUAGCAAGAAGGCUUCUGAGAAACUUCUUGGCUCCAUUGAUAUUGAUCACACUCAAUAUAAAUUUGGACAUACUAAGGUGUUCUUCAAAGCUGGCCUUCUGGGUCUUUUAGAAGAAAUGAGAGAUGAAAAGUUGGCUCAGAUCAUAACAAGAACUCAAGCUGUCUGUAGGGGUUUCUUAAUGAGGGUAGAAUAUCAAAAGAUGUUGCAAAGGAGAGAAGCCCUUUUUUGCAUUCAGUACAAUGUCCGUGCCUUUAUGAAUGUCAAGCAUUGGCCCUGGAUGAAGCUCUUCUUCAAGAUCAAGCCACUCCUCAAGAGUGCAGAGACUGAGAAAGAGAUGGCUACUAUGAAGGAAGAGUUCCAAAAGACCAAAGAUGAACUCCUCAAGGCAGAAGCAAAAAGAAAAGAGCUGGAGGAAAAACUAGUCACUCUCUUAAAGGAGAAAAAUGACCUGCAACUUCAAGUUCAAUCUGAAGCUGAUGCCUUGUCUGAUGCAGAGGAAAGGUGUGAACAACUGAUUAAAAACAAAAUUCAGCUAGAGGCCAAAAUCAAAGAGGUGACAGAGAGAGCUGAAGAUGAGGAAGAGAUCAAUGCUGAACUGACAGCCAAGAAGAGGAAACUGGAAGAUGAAUGUUCAGAACUGAAAAAAGACAUCGAUGACCUUGAGCUAACGCUGGCCAAGGUGGAAAAGGAAAAGCAUGCUACAGAAAAUAAGGUGAAAAACCUCACAGAAGAGAUGGCAGGUCUGGAUGAAACUAUUGCAAAACUAACCAAGGAGAAGAAGGCUCUCCAAGAGGCACACCAGCAGACCCUGGAUGACCUGCAGGCAGAAGAGGACAAAGUCAACAGCCUGACCAAAGCUAAAACCAAGCUGGAGCAGCAAGUGGAUGAUCUUGAGGGGUCUCUGGAGCAAGAAAAGAAACUUCGAAUGGACUUAGAAAGAGCCAAGAGGAAACUGGAAGGCGACCUAAAAUUAGCCCAAGAGUCCACAAUGGAUAUAGAAAAUGACAAGCAACAACUGGAUGAGAAACUUAAAAAGAAAGAAUUUGAAAUCAGCCAUCUAUUAAGCAAAAUUGAAGAUGAGCAGGCAGUAGAAAUUCAACUGCAGAAGAAGAUCAAAGAAUUACAAGCACGCACGGAGGAGCUGGAGGAAGAAAUUGAGGCAGAACGAGCUUCCAGGGCAAAAGCAGAGAAGCAGCGCUCGGAUCUCUCACGGGAACUGGAGGAGAUCAGUGAGCGACUGGAAGAGGCUGGAGGGGCAACUUCGGCCCAGGUUGAGAUGAACAAAAAGAGGGAGACUGAAUUCCAAAAACUACGGAGGGACCUGGAGGAGGCCACCCUACAGCACGAGGCCACGGCUGCAGCUCUUCGCAAGAAGCAUGCAGACAGUGUGGCUGAACUUGGGGAACAGAUAGACAACCUGCAGAGGGUCAAGCAGAAACUGGAGAAGGAGAAGAGUGAGCUGAAGAUGGAGAUUGAUGACUUUAGCAGUAACUCUGAGGCCCUUUCUAAAGCCAAGGGAAACCUUGAAAAGACAUGUCGCACCCUAGAAGAUCAAGUGAGUGAACUUAAGACCAAGGAAGAAGAACAACAGAGACUAAUCAAUGAUCUGACAGCCCAGAGAGCACGUCUACAGACAGAAUCAUCUGAAUAUUCCCGACAAUUAGAUGAGAAAGAUGCUUUAGUUUCCCAGCUUUCAAGGAGCAAACAGGCAUCUACUCAGCAGAUUGAGGAAUUGAAACGUCAGCUAGAGGAAGAAACUAAAGCCAAGAAUUCCCUGGCCCAUGCCCUGCAGUCCUCCCGCCAUGAUUGUGACCUGCUGCGGGAACAGUAUGAAGAGGAACAGGAAGGUAAAGCUGAGCUGCAGAGGGCACUGUCUAAGGCCAACAGUGAAGUUGCUCAGUGGAGGACUAAGUAUGAGACAGAUGCCAUCCAGCGCACAGAAGAGUUGGAGGAAGCUAAGAAAAAAUUAGCUCAACGUCUGCAAGAUGCUGAAGAACAUGUAGAAGCAGUGAAUGCCAAAUGUGCUUCUCUUGAAAAGACCAAGCAGCGACUCCAGAAUGAAGUGGAAGAUCUUAUGCUGGAUGUAGAAAGAUCUAAUGCUGCCUGUGCAGCUCUUGAUAAAAAGCAAAGGAACUUUGACAAGAUCCUAUCUGAAUGGAAACAGAAGUAUGAGGAAACUCAAGCUGACCUUGAGUCCUCUCAAAAGGAGUCUCGAUCUCUAAGUACUGAACUAUUCAAGGUGAAAAAUGCCUAUGAAGAAUCCCUAGAUCAACUUGAAACACUAAAGAGAGAGAAUAAGAACUUGCAGCAGGAGAUUUCUGAUCUCACUGAGCAGAUUGCAGAAGGAGGAAAGCAAAUUCAUGAAUUGGAAAAGAUAAAGAAGCAAGUAGAACAAGAAAAAUGUGACAUUCAGGCUGCCUUAGAGGAAGCAGAGGCAUCUCUUGAACAUGAAGAAGGAAAAAUACUCCGUAUUCAGCUGGAAUUAAACCAAGUCAAAUCUGAAAUAGACAGGAAAAUUGCUGAAAAAGAUGAAGAAAUUGAUCAGCUGAAGAGAAAUCACACUAGAGUUGUUGAGACAAUGCAGAGCACCCUUGAUGCUGAAAUCAGGAGCAGGAAUGAUGCUCUAAGAGUUAAGAAAAAAAUGGAAGGAGAUCUGAAUGAAAUGGAAAUACAGUUGAACCAUGCCAAUCGUUUAGCUGCAGAGAGCUUGAGAAACUACAGAAACACCCAAGGCAUCCUCAAGGACACUCAACUUCACCUGGAUGAUGCUCUCAGAGGCCAGGAAGAUCUGAAAGAGCAACUGGCAAUUGUGGAGCGCAGAGCAAGUCUUUUGCAGGCUGAGGUGGAGGAGCUGCGCACCUUUUUGGAGCAAACAGAGAGGAGCCGUAAAAUUGCAGAACAGGAGCUUCUGGAUGCCUCUGAACGUGUCCAACUCCUGCAUACCCAGAAUACAAGCCUGAUAAAUACUAAGAAGAAAUUAGAAAAUGAUGUUUCACAACUUCAGAGUGAAGUGGAAGAAGUAAUUCAAGAAUCACGCAACGCAGAAGAGAAGGCCAAAAAGGCUAUCACUGAUGCAGCCAUGAUGGCUGAGGAGCUAAAGAAGGAGCAAGACACCAGUGCCCACCUGGAACGAAUGAAGAAAAAUCUGGAGCAGACAGUAAAGGACCUGCAGCACCGUCUGGAUGAGGCUGAGCAACUGGCCCUGAAGGGUGGGAAGAAGCAGAUCCAGAAACUGGAGACCAGAGUACGUGAGCUGGAAGGAGAGGUUGAAAAUGAACAGAAACGCAAUGCUGAAGCUGUUAAAGGUUUACGAAAGCAUGAAAGAAAAGUAAAGGAACUCACUUAUCAGGGUGAAGAAGACCGUAAGAAUGUUCUCAGGCUACAGGACUUGGUGGAUAAAUUACAGGCAAAGGUGAAAUCAUACAAGAGGCAAGCUGAGGAGGCUGAGGAACAAUCUAAUGCUAAUCUUGCCAAAUUCCGAAAGCUACAACAUGAACUGGAGGAGGCUGAGGAACGGGCUGACAUUGCUGAAUCUCAGGUCAACAAGCUAAGGAUGAAGAGCCGGGAGGUUCACACAAAAAUGAUUAGUGAAGAGUGA